AUGCAGCUUUUCUUUUACAACAAGAUAAGAAUCCUUGAAGAAACAACUUACCUCAGAGAACAGGACCUGAAAGAGAACAGGACAAACAUGCAGGGACUAGAGGACUUAACCGGACUAUCGGUGCAACCCCUAAUACACACACUCACACGAAAACUCUCUCUCACACACACACACACACUCACAAACAAACAAAUACACACACUCACACAAAAACUCUCUCACACACUCACAAAAACACACACACUCACAUCCACUCACACACAAACAAAAACACGCACACACACACACACACACACACACAUAUACACACUCACUCACUCACACACACACACACACUCACUCACACACUCACAAACAAAAACACGCACUCACACACACACACACACGUACACACUCACUCACACACACAUACACGCUCACACACUCACAAACAAACAAAAACACGCACUCACACGCACAUAUACACACUCACUCACACACACUCACAAACAAACAAAAACACUCACUCACACGCACAUAUACACACUCACUCACACACACACACGCUCACACACUCACAAACAAACAAAAACACGCACUCACACGCACAUAUACACACUCACUCACACACACACACUCACAAACAAACAAAAACACGCACUCACACGCACAUAUACACACUCACACACACACUCACAAACAAACAAAAACACGCACUCACACGCACAUAUACACACUCACUCACACACACACACAUAUACACACUCACUCACUCACACGCUCACACACAUAUACACACUCACUCACUCACACACACUCACUCACACACACACACACACACACAUAUACACACUCACUCACACGCUCACACUCACAAACAAACAAAAACACGCACUCACUCACACACACAUAUACACACUCACUCACACACACACAUACACGCUCACACACUCACAAACAAACAAAACACGCACUCACACGCACAUAUACACACUCACUCACACACACACACACACUCACACGCUCACACACUCACAAACAAACAAAAACACACACACACGUUGAUAUAUGUGGUUUACGGGGACUCUCCAUAGGCGUAAUGGUUUUUAUACUGUACUUACUGUAUGUGCUAUUGUCCUACACCAACCCUACACCUAAACCUACCCCUUACAGGAGACUACAGGCAUUUUUAGAUAAAAAAAAAAACAAAUUAAAAAAAUAAAUAAAACACCAUUUAGUGUUUUUUAAGCCUUUUGAGUUACGGGGACAUAGACAGUGUCCUCAUAAACCACCUUCAAAUUGUAAUACCUCUGUCAUACCCAUGUUAUUAUACACAUGUUGUCCCCGUAAACCACAAAAACCAUUACACACACACACACACACUCAUACACAUACACUCACUGAAGCGCUGCUGGUGAUUGGCUGCUGUGGUAUGGAGGGGGCGGGGCGUAAAGUCAAAGGUCACAGCGGAACAUAAACACACACACAACGAGCCGCACAAUUCCUCCCUCAAUUCAUCCAGAGACACCUGAUGAUGAUGAUGUUCACCCUGCAGAAACUCAAACAUCUGUAGAUCUUCAUCAGUGUGUGUGAGGACAGAUUAUAUCUGAUAUCAUCACAGCGUCUCUGAUGCAUCAUCUGCAUGAAAACCAUCUCCGUACAGGCCUUUCACCUUCUGAGCAGCUCAAACACAACGAACAGAAAACACUGAGAUCAUAACCUCGUUCACUCUGAACCUUCUUCAUCUGCUCCAGUGACAACAUCAUCAUCAUCAUCAUCAUCACACAUUAACCCUAUAAAGCUACUGGAUCAUAUCUGAUCAGCAAAGUUCCUCUAAAUGAUCAAUAUAAUGCUGUUAAACGUGCCACACUCAAUCUCCUCGUGUCUUCUGGCGUCUGAUUGAGAGUUUAGAGCAGAGAUCCUCAGAUCUGGUCCACUCCUGCAGAGUUCAGCUGUAACCCUGAUCAAACACACCUGAGCAUGCUAAUCAGUGUCUUCAGGAUCAUUAGAAAAUCACAGGUAGGUGAGAUUGAUCAGGGUUGGAGCUAAACUCUGCAGUGGAUUGGCCCUCCAGGGAAAGAUUUGAGGAACCCUGGUUCAGAGUGUUUUAUCAGUAAAAGCUCUUUUAGUGUAAUUGUAGAAGCGUCCAGCUUCAGCGGCUGCUUCAGUGUCAGAUCUCGACUGAUUUUGAUCGAGUAAGCGUCAGAAUAACUGCAGUCAUGUCUCCAGAUGAACACUUACUGGACUGAAGCAGCUCAGCUUUACUUGAUUCUCCAUCAAUCAUUUUCUAGAAACAUCAGAGCGUCUCAAACCUGAUCAUCAGGAUCUUCUGAGGAGCUUUACUUUCACUGUUCCUCAGCGGAGGAAUGAUCUUCUGAGGAGCGUUUAUUUCUUCAUCUCUCCAUCAGCAUCGCUUUAUAUGUUUGGAUCAUUUCAGUCUCAUCUUACUGAGACAUAUUCCUGGAGAUAUAGAGCGACCGCUGAUAUUCAGAUCAUUUAAUAUCAGUAUCUGCUGCACUGUUAGAAACAUCUCACUGAUUUACAUCACAAGCAGCAGAAUCUCAUCAUAGAAAUAUCAGCAUCUGCAGCAAAUUCAUAUUUUUGCUCAGUUUGAGUCUCUGAAUAAAAUUGAGCUGCUUUUCCUCCAUAUUCUCUCUGUAUCAGACCAUAUAAGCCAUAAAAGCCUGAUGAAUAUACUACAAAACAAACACAUAUGCAAUCUUUUCAGACUGAAUUAUAACCAGAUGGAAGAUCUUCUGUUCAUAGAGCUUCAUAAUGUCCUUCUGUAGAAGAAUGACGAACUAAAUGAAUCAUUUCAGUCAGUCAGCGGUCAGAAGACUGUCUUUAAGUUGACUUCAUGUCUAUAUUUAGUUGCCUAGCAACAUCUUUCACCCGUAUCCAUGGGAAACACACACACACACACACACACACACACACACACACAGACACAGCCCUCAUAAACACAUGAAACAUGCAGCUGAAACACAUCAGUCAGAAUAUAAUAUCAAUAUCAUCAAAUACUGCUGCACUAAUGACUAAUAUCAUACUUCACCAGUUCAAUAAUCACAGCACAUUGACAACUGUUUGGCAUUAGAUGUUUCUGAAAUGGUAUGUUUAAAUAUGCAAAUGAUACAUUAGCCUAAUUAAAUAUGCACUAAUUUGCAUACAUCUCCAGAGCAUAAAUCUGAUCAUUGGAUAAAGUCAGAUUCAUAAUUCUAGUUUGAUUUUCUUGAUGGAGUUAAAGUUUUUUCCGGAGGAGAUUUUGGAUUUCUCUUUUAUAAAUAAGAAAAUACUGUCAUCAGACAGUAAAACAAACACAUUUCACCAUGUUUUUAGGAGUAAAAUGUCGCAUAAAUCAGUGUGAAUGAAAUAUGAACUAAUCUUCAGCAUAUAGAGGAAUAAAACUAAAGUUCAGUGCGACUAAGAGAAAAAACUCUUUAGAUACGGAUCGCAAUAGAAAUCUACAGACACAAAUACAUGAAGUGCAAUAAAAUAAACGCUAAACUGUGUAUGUUGCAUGUUUUUCUUCCACUAGUCUGAAACGAGAGACAUGGAAGCAAAAUAGAGCUCAAAACUGACCAGU